AUGCCCUCUGACGCGGAGCGCCUCGCGGGGGUUGGCGUCGCCGUCGCCGCCGUCGGCCUCACGACCGCCGCCUCCUUCUACGCGUCGAGGCCGGGGCCCAAGCGAUGGACUCGGUGGUUAUUCGUCGGCGGCGCGGCGGCCGCGUACGGAGCGUACAGCCUCGCGACGUGGCUCGAGGAUCAGAAGAACGAGGCAGCGCGCGGUGGCGACGUGCGCGACGCGCUCGAGACGCGCAAGAAGGAGACGCACCGCGGCGCCGUCUCAUCCGCCGACGUUCCCUCAUCCUCCGACGAGAUCCGCGCGUCCGAUCCCGAACCCCCGGCGAGGCGGUCGCAGAUGGACCAGCUCCUCGACGCCGUCGCCGACGGCUACGACGACGACCUCGACGCCGACUUCGAUCGCGCCGCCAAAUUCAUGGCGUCCACCACCGACUUACGGCUCACGAACGACCAGAAGCUGCGCGUCUACGCCCUCUUCAAGCAGGCCACGUUUGGACGAUGCGACCAACCAAAGCCGCGGCUGCUCGACGGCUUGGCGCGGCACGCCAAGUGGACGGCGUGGAACGAGCUCGGGGAGUUGUCACGCGACGACGCGAAGGAGGCGUACGUCGAGCUCGUGGCGGAGCUCCGGCGGAGGACGGAGGCGGACGAGGGUGGCGAUGGCGACGGCACAGCUGGCGAUGGCGACGAAGGCACAGCUGUCGACGGCGAAGGCGACGCGCUCGGCGGGCUCGGCGGUCCGGUGUUUUCGCGGCCGCGGAUGCCCUUCGACGUUGGGGAUGCCGAGGGGGAUGCCGAGGGGGGUGCCGAGGGGGGUGCCGAGUCGAUCGGGGCGAUGGAUCCGCUGCUGGAGGCGUGCCGGCGGGGCGACGUCGAGUCGCUUCGACGCGCGGCGAACUUCGGCCCCCUCGACCUUCGCCUCGCGGACGAGUGCGGCCGCACCGCGCUGCACUGGGCGGCGGACGGCGGGCACGUGCAGGUGGCGACGGCGCUGAUCAAGAUGGGCGCGGACGUGGACGCGGUGGACGACGACGGUCAGACGGCGCUUCACUACGCCGCGACGUGCGAGAGGGCGGAGAUGUGUAGGCUCCUGUUGGAGAGCGGCGCAGAUCCGGACGCGGAGGAUGCGGACGGCGACACGCCGAACGCGCUCGGGGCGGUGGGUCUCGCCAUGCGGUCGCCGGGCGCGGACUGA